AUGGGGACCUGCGAGAGCACACCUGCCACAGGGACGGAGAUCAAGGUCGAGAAGCAUCCUGCCAUGACCAGCAUUCAGACUCGCACCGUGUCAAAGUUCGGGUGGAAGCCGGACAUGCCGGACCACCGAGACUUGCACGUGAAGUUUGGAGACGUCCAAGCCCCAAGCCAGAUCAAGAAGAAGGCGGAAGGGCAGAAGGAGCUCGUCGACCUCCGUCCGCAGAAUGGUGGCUUUCCCAUCUUCGACCAGGGGCAUCUCGGUAGCUGCACGGCAAACGCUUUGGCGGCUGCUUUCCAUUUCACCCUUCACAAGAUGGAGGUGGAGAAUGGCAAGGACUUCGCCGACUUCACUCCGAGCCGUUUGUUCAUCUACUACAACGAGCGCCUUGUGGAGGGCAGCGUGAACCAGGAUGCUGGGGCGAUGAUCCGCGAUGGCAUCAAGGUCAUGGCUAAGGUGGGUGUGUGCCCUGAGAGUGUUUGGAAGUACGACGAUGGCCCCGACUUCUUCAAGCAGCAGCCUGACUCCAAGUCCUACGAGAUCGCCCAGAAAUGCAAGGUCAUUGGCUAUGCUCGUGUGGCACAAGAUCUCAGCCAGUUCAAGGCGUGCCUGAAGAACGGCUACCCUUUCGUCUUCGGUUUUGCCGUCCUGUCAAGCUUUCAGACAGAGGAGGUUGCCAGGACCGGCAAGAUGGUGAUGCCCCAGGCGAACGACCAGCAGUUGGGAGGUCAUGCCGUGUGCGCCGUCGGUUACGAUGACUUCCAGCAGUGUUUCAUCGUCCGCAACUCCUGGGGAGAGGAGUGGGGUGACAAGGGCUACUUCUACAUGCCCUACGAGUACAUGUGCAACCCCGCCCUCGCCUCUGACUUCUGGGCCAUCAACUGGGUCGAGGGCUUCAAGAACGCCGCGACGAAAGACUUCAAGCUGAGCAAGUGA